AUGGGGAAGAAGGGAGGCACUUCGUCUUGGUUGACUGCUGUCAAAAGGGCUUUCAGAUCUCCCACUAAAGACGAUGAAGAUCAAAAGAAAAGAGAGAAGCGAAGGUGGUUCAGGAAACCCACAAAUUUAAAUCAACAAGAAACAGCUACACAACAAGGUCAAGCGCCAAAGGCCACAGACCAUGUAUCAGCAGCCAACAGUUCAGCAGCUGCAGAGCAAAAGCAUGUGCUGGCUGUGGCUGUGGCCACAGCUGAGGCUGCAAUGGCAACUGCCCAAGCAGCAGCCGAAGUGGCUCGGCUAACUAGGCCUUCUAAUCAUGCUAGAGAGCACUAUUAUGCCAUUGUUAUCCAGACUGCCUUUAGAGGAUACUUGGCAAGGAGGGCACUUCGUGCGCUUAAAGGACUUGUAAAGUUGCAAGCUUUGGUGAGAGGUCACAAUGUGAGAAAGCAAGCAAAGAUGACUCUCAAGUGCAUGCAAGCUCUGGUUCGUGUGCAGGCUCGGGUGCUUGAUCAGCGCACCAGGCUCUCUCAUGAAGGCAGCAGAAAGUCUGCAUUUAGUGACACCAAUAGCGUUUGGGAAUCAAGGUAUCUUCAGGACAUUUCAGACAGAAAGUCCAUGCAGUCUAGAGAGGGAAGUAGCAUAGCAGAUGAUUGGGAUGAACGCCCCCACACAAUUGAGGAGGUAAAAGCUAUGUUGCAACACAGAAAAGAUGCUGCAAUGAAGCGUGAGAAAGCCUUGUCCCACGCCUUCUCUCAACAGAUAUGGAGGAAUGGUAGGAGCCCAUCAAUCGGAAAUGAGGAUGAGCUUGAAGAGAGACCCAAAUGGUUAGAUAGAUGGAUGGCCCCAAAGCCAUGGGACAGCAGAGGAAGAGCCUCAACUGACCAUAGAGACCCCAUCAAGACAGUUGAAAUCGACACCUCUCAGCCUUAUUCAAGUUUAGCACCUAACUUCCGAAGAUCAAGUUCAAGCCAAUACAACCAACACCAACAACAAAGACCCAGUUCACCAAAACAAAGACCUAGUUCACCACUCCAUAGAGAUAGAGCCCACCAAAGCCAACCCUUUCAUCACCAGUCCCCUGUCACACCCUCCCCAUCAAAAACCCGGCCUAUCCAAGUCCGGUCUGCCAGCCCUCGUUGUGUUAGAGAAGAUAGAAGCUCUAAUGCAUCUCAAACUCCAAGCCUUAGGUCAAACUAUUUCUACAGCGGUGCUAUGCACCAACAUAGCAGGGGUGGUGGUACAAGCACUAGUGGCAAUAGUGUUGCUACAUUGCCUAAUUACAUGGCAGCAACUGAGUCUGCCAAAGCUCGGAUACGCUCUCAGAGUGCACCGCGACAAAGACCAUCAACACCAGACCGGGAACGGGGAGCUGGAUCAGCAAAGAAAAGGCUUUCAUUCCCAGCUCCUGAUCCUUACGGUGUGGCAAUGGGGUAUGGCAGUUAUGGACAUAGCUUGAGGAGCCCAAGCUUCAAGAGUGUGGCUGCAUCGCAUUUUGGUGCGGAGCAACAGUCUAACUAUUCUUCUUGUUGCACUGAGAGUCAUGGUGGUGAGGUUUCCCCUUCUUCAACUAGCGACCUUAGAAGGUGGUUGAGGUGA